CCACGCUAAAAAAAUAGAACUUGUUCCGGCGAAACCCCGGAGCCGGCACAAGGGGUCGAACAGCCGACGAGGGGGAAGCGGCGGGAAAUCAUUUCAGCGUCAAGCGGAGAGCCCUCCCAUCCCAAUCCCAUGUCGGCGACCGCGGAGCUCGUCUGAUCCGAAUCGUGCUUAAGUGUUUGCUAGUUCAGCUGCUUCAGCAUCGGGUGUUCACUAUGGUUACUGAAGAAACCAAAUCAAAGAAGCAAAGAAAUGGGGAAUGCAUCAUAAACCGCCUACCGGUAGACCUCAUUGAGCGGAUAUUUUUGGGGCUUCCAGUGAGCACUCUGUUGACGUGUGUCGGAGUCUGCAAGCACUGGCACAACAUCAUCCGGGAUCCACAGUUUGUUGCAUUGCACCUCCAGUGUGCGCCAAGUUAUGCCCUUCUGUUCUCCCUGCGAGGUUUGGUUUCAGGCGAGCCCUACCCUAGUGAUGCUGUCCUAAUUGAUGAAGCCUGGUCGUCAUCGAGAUAUGCAGUGCCAGUGAUUGGGCCUGAUGAUUUCCUUUUCGGUUCAUGCAAUGGCCUUCUUGGCUUAUACACAAAGACAUCAAUGAUUAAGAUAGCUAACCUUGCAACUGGUGAAUGUCUACAUCUUCAGAAACCUGCGAAGAAUGUGAAAGGUGACCACUUCUGUUUCUACAGCUUUGGAUUUCAUCCGGUGACAAAAGAAUACAAGAUUACACACUUCCUUGGUGAUUGCAUUAAUGGUCGCCGCCCCCACAAUAAAGACAGGUUCAACAUCAUCCAAGUUUACACGCUCGGCGAUGAGAAAUGGAAAGAUUUCCGAACUCCAAAAGCUCUUAGCUUGAUCAGUGUGAGAAACUCUGGAGUUGUCAAUGUUGAUGGCAAAAUGUAUUGGUUAACUGAAGACAUGUCAGCUAACUGUCAGCAUUCAGUUAUGUCCUUUGAUCUAUUGGAAGAAAGUUUUGCAAUGACACAACUGCCUGCAGCAUAUGAAGAUCAUGAUUAUUAUGGUCCUCGUAAGUUCUGGAUCAGAGAUAUAGAUGGGAAGAUAUGCAUAGUAACUGCUCAAACCAGUCACUAUGAUGCCAGAACUGUUCUUGGUGAGCUGCAGAUCUGGACACUUGACAACACGGCAGAGCAACAAAGGUGGAGCCGGAAGUACAACAUUAAGAACCCACCUAAUUACAUUCUGGGUCCACAUUUUGUUCACAGGGAUAGGAUCCUCACACAACUUGGCAGCGAUGAUGUAUGUUCGUAUGAGUUGCUUAGUGAGAACUUCAAGAUUGAUUUGAGCAAGAUGGUGAAGCUGUUAGAUUUCAGUCCCCACGGGCAGAACUUGCAAUCUCACAACUGCGUGAAAUCACUUGUACGUUUAGAAGUAUUCAGUAAGGCUGGCAUCGUGCGCAGACCAAAACAGUGGGAUGGGUGGGAACUGAAAAAGUGGGAAGCUUGGGAGCAGAAUCUUGCCAAGAAGGAAACAAUGUGGUCCAGACUUUAUGAAGAUGAGCAUAAGAAAACUGCAUCCACACAAUCUUUGCACGCUCGACUUAAUCAUCUACUGCCUCAAAUCUUGGAUGAUGUGAUGCGACAGCAGAUAUGCAUGAAAAACAAUCAAAUAUGUGCAGCCUUUGCAGAUCAGCAACCAAGGUCCCUCCGGCGGCUUAACUGGGUGGAGCAAAAGCGGGAUGAGGAAACAUUAUUUGCUCGUGUGGAAAAGUUUAUAGAUAUUACCAUGGCUGCUACUCAGGCGAUUGAAAGCGUCCAUGAUAUGAUCGGAAGAGUUACACAGGAUCUUGAUAAGCGUACUUCAACUUCGAAAGCUGGCAUUGCUUCACAGAAUCACAGUGGCGACGGCGAUGGUGAUACGGACUUGGGACUUUAGAGCUUAUCGUGACAUUCUUCUUGGCUUGCUCAGGCUGAGCCUGUUGUUCGACUCUUGCGUCUUCUUUAGUCUCGAAUGACUGGUUAGCGUUUCCGGUAAACCGGUGGUUUGUGCAUCAGCACCUAUCUGAUGUUAUGUUUGAGCAUCCCAACCAACUAUUGCCGCUAUGAAUUAUCUAUUUAAGUUUUAGAGAACA